UGUCCAUCAGUGCCAGCUGUCAGUGCUCAUCAGUGCCACGUGCCAGUGCCCAUGAGUGCCACAUCAAUGCCACCUAUCAGUGCCAGUCAGUGCCACCUAUCAAUGUCAAUCAGUGCCACCUAUCAGUGCUGCCAAUCAGUGCCACCUAUCAGUGCCAGUCAGUGCCGCCUAUCAGUGCCAGUUAGGGCUGCCUAUCAGUGCGCAUCAGUGCCGCCUAUCAGUGCCUGUCAGUGCCGCCUAACAGUGCCAGUCAGUGCCGCCUAACAGUGCUAGUCAGUGCCUCCUAUCAGUGCCACCUAUCAGUGAUGCCUUUCAGUGCCCAUCAGUGAUGCCUGUCAAUGCCCAUCAGUGCCACCUACCAGUGCCUCCUCAUCAGUGCCCAUCAGUGCCACCUAUCAGUGUCCAUCAGUGCAGCCUAUCAG